AUGGCGACCAACCAGCCAGACUCGCCGCCUACGCUAACUUUUGCUCAGAGGCUUAAGAAGAAGAAAAAGGAAAAAGGGCUGCCAGUGUCAUCUUCUGAUGAAGAUGAACCAAUGGAAGAGCUUGGAGAAGGCGUGACAAUCCUGAGCAAAAUGCCUAUUCGAAUGGUCACCCUUCAUCCAGGAAAUAUUGUCAAAAAAUCUGGCAAACAGAUAUACCUUGAAGAGGCCGACGCAUUGCGUGUUGCUGCAGAGGCAAAGCUACCAGUUCCUCACAUACAUGGGACAGAAACCACGCCGGACGGAAAGAAGCACAUCUACAUGAACUACAUCGAAGGAGACCUUCUAUCCGAUGUUUGGCCUGGACUAUCCAUCGACAGCAAAAAUGAUAUCGCCCAACAGCUGCGGGCCAUAUUAGUUACCAUGCGAUCUAUUCCGCCUCCCAAGGAUUACAUCGGCGACUGUUCUCAAAGCCAAAUACGAGAUACUCGAUCGAUGUUCACAUACACUGCUCCCCCGUGUGGCAAUGAGAAGGAAUUCAACGACUAUCUAACCGACGCCUUGUUUCCACUUACGCCCCCAGCAAUCCGUAAUGCAUUUUCCCAUCGGCUUCAAACGAACCAUCGGAUUGUUUUGACGCAUGGUGAUUUGACACCCAGGAAUACCAUUGUGCGGGAUGGGAAGAUUGCAGGUAUCAUAGACUGGGAAGAUGCAGGUUGGUAUCCUGAGUACUGGGAGUACGUUAAGUUCUUGUCGCAUUCUGGAACCCGUUACGGGGAUUGGUGGUGUUUUGUCGACGAUAUACUGCCCCAAGCGUAUCCGGACGAGUUGGUAGACUACAUUGCGUUGUCUAAAUGGCAGUCGCCGUAA